AUGAGCCGCCCUCUCCUCACUGACGAUCCCAUCGUUCCUGAGAACCAAGUCGAAGGCAACUGGUCAUCGAGACAGGCACACCUGACUGCUCAUUACCAGUUCCUGCGCGAAGAGUCCACCUUCGCUUUGCGCCGCGCCAUCAGCCUCGUCCGUGAGCAACCUCAUCUUUAUGAACCAGACCACAGAGAGACCUCGCCCGGAAUUGGUAUAUACGAAAAGGUUUUUGCGACAGGCAUUACUUUCUGCGCCCGUGGAUUGGGUGUCAGAAUGUGUUUCUCUACCUUUCGCGCUGGCGUGAAGAUUGACUGGAACACCUCCAAGCGUCUGAAGGCUGGUUCAGUUAUUGCUCUGUCGCCUACGUCGGACAAAUUUCAGAAGCACAUCACCGUCGCCAUUGUUGGCGCCAGGCCCAUGGAGCUUCUCAACGAGAGCCCUCCCAAGAUCGACGUAUUCUUCCCACGUCCUGAGGAGACCAUAUUUGAUCCGGCCGUGGAGCACAUAAUUCUCGAGGAGACGUCGUCCUUCUUCGAGGCACAGCGACACAACAUGCUCGCCCUACAGCGCAUGACCAAGGAGAAAACGCCCCUCCAGGACUAUGUCGUCUCACCUGAAGGCAAACACUCUGUGAGCGUUCCCGAGUACGUCAAGGAGGACUCUGUCAUGGACCUCAGUUACGCCACAGACGACGAUAGCGACUCUGUAUACGACGUCAUCAAUCGUGCCAUGCCAAAGGACGCUGCCAAGCUCGAUGAGUCGCAGAUGGACGCUCUCCGUCAGAUGUUGACCAAGGAGCUUGCCUUGAUCCAAGGCCCUCCCGGUACUGGCAAGACACAUGUCUCUGUCAUGGCCCUGCGGGUUAUGCUGCACAAGAUGGAUGAACAGAGAAAGCUUGCAAAACCUGGCGUGGUCGUCCCUCCUCUCAUCGUCACUUGUCAAACCAACCACGCCCUUGAUCAAUUGCUACGCCAUAUCGCACCCUUCGAAGACUCCUUCAUCCGUCUCGGUGGUCGCUCGGCUGAUACAGGUGUGGUCAAAGCACACACUCUCUUCAACAUCAUGGAGGACCUCAAAGACAGCAACCCAGGCGCUAUCAAGGAGCCUGCGGGCCUUCGCUUCGCAAGAAAGAAUAUGAAACUCAUGGAGAAUGACUGGAAGAGAGUGCUGGCCCCCUUCGACUCGAACAGUCAGGCUUGUAAACCCAUGGACGAGGCUGACUUCGCUGAUCGUCUCUCACCCCAACACAUCGCCUCUCUUCAGAACUCCAGAUGGCAGACGAACGGUAGCUCUUCUGAGCUUUCCGCAAUCAUCAAAUGGCUUGGUCCGGACGCCUCCUUGACAAGUAGCGACAGCAACUGGCCCGCGGAACAAGAGUUUGGCUUCGAGCACUUUGAGGAAGAAGAAGAAGAGGUUGAUGAGGCCACAGCAGAGAAGGCCAGACAGGAUGAUGAGAUCGAAAGGCUUCGUGGAUCCUUCAUCCCUCUCCUUGACUGCAGCGUGUUGAAGUCUACAGCCAUCAAGCACCUUACAGAAAAGGAUGUGAAGAAGAUCUUGACAAGCAGCAAGUUCUCGGACCUCAGCAAAGUGCCUCCUCAAUACAGGCUAGGUCUCUACGAGUUCUUCGUCAACGAAGCCAAGCAGAAGAUAAUCAAGAAGGCUCGUGGAUUGGCUUGUCGUUGGGCCAAGGAAGUCGGAGACUGGACCCGCGGUCAAUUCGUGAAGAAGCUCCAGGUCCUUGCCGAUGCGAAAGUCAUCGGCUGCACUAGUACCGGCUUUGCCAAGUACCGCCCGAUGAUCUAUGCUCUCAAGCCUCGCAUCGUCAUGGUUGAAGAAGCCGGAGAGUGUCUCGAGGCGAACAUGAUGAACAUGUUUUUGCCAUCUCUUCAACAUCUCAUCCUUGUCGGAGAUCACCAACAGCUUCGUCCGCGAGCCCAGAAAGCAACUCACAACUUCAAGCACUACGAUAUCUCUCUGUUUGAGCGCCUCGCAAACAACACUGUCGACUACAAGAUGUUGAGUGUGCAGAGACGUAUGCCUCCUGAAGUUAGACGCCUGCUCUGGCCUAUCUACGGCGACAAGAUCAGGGACCAUGAAUGUACGCUCGAUCGUCCUCCUGUUCCAGGCCUUGGAGCCUUCAGAACUCACUUCUUCCACCAUGAGUAUCAUGAGGAUCACGACAAGUUCAAGUCCGCUUUCAAUGAACAUGAGGCCAAGCUUGUAGUCGACUUUGUCAAUGGUCUCAUCAGCAAAGGAGUCGAGCCGAGACAGAUCACCGUACUUACCUUCUACAACGGUCAGCGUCGACUUCUGACCCGCGAGCUCAAAAGAGUCGAGGGCGUCGUGGCCGAGUCUCGUAUCAAGGUCGUCACGGUUGACUCCUACCAAGGCGAGGAGAACGAUAUUAUCGUCCUUUCUCUCGUCCGCAACAACUGUAUCAAUCAAGUCGGUUUCUUGAGCGUCGCCAACCGUGUUUGUGUUGCUCUUUCUCGUGCUAGACAAGGAUUCUUCAUGUUUGGCAACGUCAAGUUGAUGGAGGAAGCUGGUGGCGAAGAGUGGAAGCAGGUUGUUGCUAUCCUGAAAGGUCAAGGCCCCGUUGAGACUCAGAUUGAGGGUGGCACCCGAGUUCUCGAUGCUGUCUAG